AUUUUUUGCAACGUUCGAUUAUUUUCUUAUAUAAACGAAUUCUCUAAAAUGAAGACAAUGUCACUAAAAGGAAUAUGAAUGUUAGCGAAGUAUUUUGUUCUAACACCUGACUCUGAGCGCAGGGCGCGUUCACAGUCACGGAAGCGCGCAGGCGGUAUAACCUUUUCCGCCUCUUUCCGAUACAACUAAAUUACUUUCGUUCUUCCUUUUCUUCUCUUUUUUAUUUUACAUCUAUCGAAUAUGAUUCACGCGUUAAUUCUGACGUGUUUUUGUCUUCUGGUGGGUGUGUUUGGUGAUGAAGUUAAGUCUGAGACAUUGUCAGUGAUGGAGGGUGAAUCUGUUACUCUACAUACAAAUAUUACUAAACUAAAGGGAACUGAUUAUCUCGAGUGGUGGUUUGAAGAAACCUCCAUCGCCAAAUUCAAGAGUUCAGAUACCAAUAAUAUACAUAAUGAUAAUGAUAAGAGAUUCAGAGACAGACUGGAGAUAAACAAUCAGAAUGCAGAUCUCACCAUCAUAAACAUCAGAUCUGAACACACUGGAAAUUAUGAAUUUAUUAUAAAUGCAGAAACAACAGUCAAGAAAUUCACACUUACAGCUUAUGCUCCUUUGCCGGUUCCUAUCAUCACCAGCGACAAAUCACACUGCGCAAUCUCAAAAUGUUCAUUAUUGUGUUCAGUGAUGAAUGUGAGAGAUGUGACUCUUUCCUGGUAUAAAGGAAACAGUUUAUUGUCCAGCAUCAGUGUGUCUGAUCCCUACAUCAGACUCUUUCUGCCUCUGGAGGUGGAUUAUCAGGAUAACAACACAUACAGAUGUGUGGUGAACAAUCCCAUCACAAACCAAACUCAACAUUACUGCCUUUCUAAUCUCUGUCAGCCGUGUUCAGUUGUCGUCCCUUCUUGUGAUUUUGCUGUUAUAUGGCUGAAGAUCCAGUUGGCUGUCAGUGCUUUGAUGGUUGUCGGUGGCGUGACUAUUCUGGUUUAUGACAUCAAACCCAGCAAAUCCAAACCGAAGAGAAAAUCACAAACGGCAAAAUCUGAUGAAUGAGAUUUCAAAACAACAAUCAACUUUAUUAGCUUCUUUCUCUAUUUUCUCAGAGUUUUAGUUUUUGGAGUUGCCAGGUCAGUGACUCUUCUCCAUCACCAUUAUGACCAUCAUUCUUACAAACUGAUCACCUGUUUGCUGUUUUUUAUUAUCACAUCAUCAAAAUCUCAAUGUAAUCAUUACUCUCUUAUCACUUAUGUGUGCAUUACGCUGUUUUACCCAGAAUCAUCCUAAUCCUCCCGUCCUCAACAGCUACUUUGUUUUUUUAACUUUUGUUGGAUUUUUGUGUUUAUACAGUUUUAGUUUUGUUAUAAAUAAAUCCUGCAUCAAGUUUGUUUCUAGUUGUGCUACCUAUUAAAGAAAUGUGAAUAUAAAUAAAAAAGUUGUUGCAUUUGAAGUCUUUGCAUUGGUUGGGGUUAGAUUGGUCUGAAACAGAAUCUGCUGCUUAAUACUAAAUGUCCAAGUUACAGAUAGGCAUAUUAAAAUAAACUGAGUAAAAUAUUAUUUUUUAUUUGAAUAAU